AUGGCACGUACGAAACAGACUGCUCGUAAAUCCACGGGAGGUAAAGCCCCUCGUAAACAAUUGGCAACUAAAGCUGCCCGUAAAUCUGCACCAAGCACUGGUGGAGUUAAGAAGCCCCAUCGUUAUCGUCCUGGUACAGUCGCUCUGAGAGAAAUCCGUCGUUACCAAAAGUCAACGGAGUUGCUUAUUCGCAAGCUGCCUUUCCAGCGAUUGGUGAGAGAAAUUGCUCAAGAUUUCAAGACUGAUUUGCGUUUCCAGUCCGCCGCUAUUGGUGCCCUGCAGGAGGCAAGUGAAGCUUACUUGGUGGGUCUGUUCGAAGAUACCAACUUGUGCGCCAUCCACGCUAAGCGUGUAACCAUCAUGCCUAAAGACAUUCAGCUUGCUCGGCGAAUCCGUGGCGAGCGUGCUUAA